AUGGGCGGGCUCACCAUGGACCAGGCCUUCGUUCAGGCCCCCGAGCACCGCCCCAAGCCCACCGUCACCGAGGCCACCGGCAUCCCUCUCAUCGACCUGUCGCCUCUCACCGCCGAUGGCGCCGGCGGCGACGACACGGCGGCCGCGGUGGACGCGCUGGCCGCCGAGGUGGGCGCAGCGAGCCGGGACUGGGGCUUCUUCGUGGUCGUGGGCCACGGCAUGGCCGCGGAGACCGUGGCGCGCGCGACGGCGGCGAAGCGCGCGUUCUUCGCGCUGCCGCAGGAGCGGAAGGCCGCCGUGCGGAGGACCGAGGCGGAGCCGCUCGGGUACUACGAGUCGGAGCACGCCAAGAACGUCAGGGACUGGAAGGAGGUGUUCGACCUCGUCGCGCGCGAGCCGCCAGCGCCCCCGCCGGCAGCCGUGGCCGACGGCGAGGUCGUGUACGCGAACAAGUGGCCUGAGGACCUGCCGGGCUUCAGAGAGGCGCUGGAGGAGUACACGAACGCCCUUGAAGAGCUGGCCUUGAAGCUGCUGGAGCUGCUCGCCCGGAGCCUGAACCUGAGGCCCGACCGGCUGCACGGCUUCUUCAAGGAGCACACCACGUUCUUCCGGCUGAACCACUACCCUCCGUGCCCGAGGCCCGAGGUGGUGCUCGGCGUGGGGCGGCACAAGGACCCCGGAGCGCUGACCAUCCUGUACCAAGACGACGUCGGCCGGCUCGACGUCCGGCGCCGAUCCGACGGCGAGUGGGUCCGUGUCAAGUGCGUUCCCAACUCGUUCGUAAUCAACGUCGGCGACACCAUGCAUGUGUGGAGCAACGACAGGUACGAAAGCGCGGAGCACCGGGUGUCGGUGAACUCGGAGAAGGAGAGGUUCUCCAUGCCCUACUUCUUCAACCCGGCGAGGGACGCCAUUGUGGAGCCGCUGGAGGAGCUGGUGAGCGAGGAGAACCCGCCCAGGUACAGUGCCUACAGCUGGGGCGACUACUUCAGCACCAAGCUCAACGGCAACUUCAAGAGGCUGGACGUGGACAGCCUCCAGAUCGCGGAUUUCAGGGCUAGCUCCGGAUACGUGCCGUCAGUGAGUGGUGCAGACUGUAACAACCAUAUUUGA